AUGUCUGACACCACCGGAUUUGGUUCGGGUGGGACGACAAACAAUUUAACUGUUGGAAAUCCAAUUGCAAAUAAUGUUUGCGACAUUGCAAUUUUGUCACCUCCUUACAUGUUCAUCUUGACUCCAACUCCGAGUCCGAUAACGCAAUGCGGCAGUGCAACUACUGCCUAUGGUGCAGUCCUGCCCAUUGCUAUUGUGCAACUUAUGCUUGGCGGGCAAUCAGUCGUAUCCUAUUCCGAUAACGAAAUUUUUACCUCGGUUGUGAAUGUUAAGGCAGGGACGAUCCUCAUGUAUUUUGUCACCGACUCCGAGGGCAGACAAGGUGGAAACUCUGAAUUCGUGCAGGUCGUAGGGUCGAGUAAUUCCGCGUGCAUCUCACCGUUAUACACUGCAGGCAUAUCGGCCAUCACCACGACCACGGCCACGACCACGGCUUCAUCGUCAUCCAGUUCAAGCAGUCCGCCAAGUAGUUCAUCAAACAGUCCAUCAAGUAGUUCAUCAUCAAACAGCAAUGUUCUUAUCGCUGGCGCGGCGGUCGGUGCAGCGAUCCUUACUGCAUUGGCCAUCCUCGGCAUGUGCUUGUGGCGUAAACGGAGAGCAUCCCGCUUUCAACCUCCUACACAAAUCUAUCUCCGAGUGCAGCGCACAGAUGAAAUCAGCCUUUACAGUGAGGCUCCGCCAUCACCAUCACCAUAUCUUGUUAGCGACCUUGGUCUUUCCAUUCAAUCUGGAUCCAAACCAAUCCCUGAUACGGACUUUGCUGCCUAUGAAGACAUUCAAAUGUCAGAUAUGACACCCUUUUCCGACGACAUCACAGUUAGGAACCCUUCCACACCUUUCAAUCAGACACAAAAUUCCCGUCAGAGCCUUGACACAGACAGCUUAGCUGCGCACGGAGCAUUUGAAAGUCAAUCUAUGACGUCAGCUAGCGUACAAACAGCCUACCGACAUCCUACUCAAAUCAUUGUGCAUACCGAUGCUGAUGAUGUUGUACCAGACUAUAAUGGUUUAAUUGAACUUCCGCCACAGUAUUCAAAUCAUCGGGAAAACCGUGCCCUGGGAUCUGAGUCUACAUCAUGA